AUGGACGACUUUUAUUUGCCUGAUGAAGAUGAACUGGGUACAGAACUCAUGGUUGCUGCAUUUGUUGAAGAUCUUCACCAAACAAUCUCUAAUUCAGAGAGCAACACAUCUUAUUCUACUCCACCAUUGGUUUCUCAGAGCAUUAAUAAUGAUAAUACUACCACAAGCUACACAUCCAUGGAAUUUCAUCAAAGACCACCCACCAACCAACUCAACCUUAAUAAUAAUGACCAAACUUCAUCAGUAUUAGAUUACAAAACUAAUUCCGAACCGUUGAUUCUUUCUUUUGGAAAUUCAGAUUUGUUUAACAACGUCCCUGAUCAUCACCUCCAUUACAAAGAGAACAUAGCAAUAGCAGGCUUUUCAGGAGACUUGAGCUCCUCAUCUCCUGUCUUCAACUAUUCAAAUAUCAAUUCAUCAAAUGCAAAUCAAUUCCAUGAAGAUGAAAUCAUAUUUAGGGAAUGGAGUAAGAAGAUAAGUGGCGGUACGACAAAGCCUGCAUCUCAGUUGCGAGACCAUGUUCUUGCAGAGAGAAAACGGAGAGAGAAUCUCAACAAGUUGUUUAUAGCUCUUUCCACCGUUGUUCCUGGCCUUAAAAAGACAGACAAAUCCUCGGUUCUUGGAGAGACUAUAAAGUACAUAAAACAGCUGCAAGAAAAAGAAAAGAAACUUGAGGUGCAAAGUGCGAAGAAAGAUAUUGAACAAGUGGUCGUAGUUAAGAAAACAAAGAUCAUAGUUGAUGAUGAAGAUGAAAAUGAUUGCUCCAACGAGACCUCAAGCGACUCAAAGGAAGAGUGGCUGCCACAAAUCGAAGCUAAAGUGUCCGGAAACAAUGUCCUUCUUAAACUCCAUUGCAAGAAACAAAAAGGAGUUUUGGCAAAAGCCCUAUCGGAGAUGGACAAGUAUAACUUGAAGGUCAUCAACACUAGCGCCAUGCCAUUCGGGGAUUUGUGUUUGGAUAUUACCAUUAUUGCUCAGCUUUUGAACAAUUAUAACAUGAAUCCGAAGGUUCUCAACUCAUGUAAGCAUGCUGCGCUUCAUUAA